UUGGGUUAUGCUCAACCGGGGCGGAUUCGUGAAGCUGAGCAAUGAACGAAUCUUGUACAAGCUCGAUUCGCGCAUAUCAUGCGAAUUGUCCGUCCCUCCCGAGCUAAGAGACCGCUGCGUCCCGUUCCAGCGCAAGAGUGACAGGGGAGCUCUCUUCCUAACCAACAAGCGGGUCAUCUAUAUCCCCUCAAAGCCAACGCAAGAGCCCAAAUUCGAAUCCUUCAGCGCCCCCAUUCUAAAGUUUCAAGAUUCAACGACCUCGUCGUCUAUGUGGUGGGGAUGGGUCUGGAAAUCAGACUGCAUCCCCGUAUCAGGGGGCGGCAUUCCACCUGAGAUCCCUCGAGUCGAAGUCAAGUUCACCUUCUCCGACGGCGGGAUGAUGGAAUUCAACGAGGCAUAUGUCGGCUUGCGAGAGCGUCUGUUCCAAUACCAGGAAAUGCGCCGGGAGUUAGACGCCAGCACCGAGGUUCCAGACGAACCUCUGCCUGCCUACUCGGCCGACGGUGGUGGCCAGCAGCAGCCGCCUUCAUCGUCGGAUCAGUUGACUGUCCCGCGACCCAACCGCUCAGACAGCUCUUCCAGUCGCCGUGCCCCCAACGAGCCGCCGCCAAACUACGAUGAGGCGCAAGCGCAGCAGAUCAGCAACCGAUUGGAAGACCACAUACGCAACGAGGCCGAUCGUGGUGCUGAAGAGGAGUAGACAGGAUAAUGGGUGCUCCGUAGCGAAGCGUUUUUGGGUGAAGCGAAUAAUGAGACUAUGAACUAUCUCUGUGUGAUUUUGCGCUUGCUUCUUCAUGUAACGGACAAGCUAGACAGUUGAGUUUAAUUCGCCGUAAUUUAUUGCUAUUGGGUGGAAUUUGGAUGGCGUCAGUACGAUCAAGUAUAUUACAGUUGGACAAGGGGGAUAUAUUAGAGCCCUCCAAGCCCAUCUCUUUGUAGGGCCCGGUUUGAUAAAAUGCAAAGGAUUUCUUCUCUCUUCAUAAUUAUAUUCCCUACAAAGCUGC